AUGUUCCCCAACUCCGAGGAGUGGUUUUUCCAGCAGGACAAUGCUCCAUGCCACACAGCCAGGUCUGUGAAGGUGUGGAUGAAGGACCACCAGAUCAGGACCCUGUCAUGGCCAGCCCAAUCUCCAGACCUGAAUCCCAUUGAAAACCUCUGGAAUGUGAUCAAGAGGAAGAUGGAUGGUCACAAGCCAUCAAACAAAGCCGAGCUGCUUGAAUUUUUGCGCCAGGAGUGGAAUAAAGUUACCCAACAGCAAUGUGAAAGACUGGUGGAGAGCAUGCCAAAACGCAUGAAAGCUGUGAUUUACCACGAUCCCGUCCGCCUUCGAGAUGCUGUUUCGAGCACAGCAACGUACUCAUUUGCCCCUCCGAAAGUUGUAGGCCUACAGACCAAAAAAGACGAGCUGAAUAAUGACAUUCUGAAGAAUCUACGGACCAGGGCAGUGGGCUUUUCUCUUCCAGAGAGCACAACCCAAGGCUCACUUUUGCUGACGACGCUAACAAAUUGUCUUUGGUACAUCACAAACCAGCACACAGUGAUACGUGAUGCAUCUCUCCAAGAGAGAGAUGUGAUUCCUGUUCCAUCAUGCUGGAGCUUUGAAGGAUACAAUGAAGUGAAGAGAAAGAAAAUAAAGGAGCAACCCAUGUGUGCUACCUUUCUGGACAGUCACUCCCAAGCCCUGUUGUCUUUGUGUGACCGACCAUACAUGUCCUCAACUGCUGCUUGGAGAACACUGAAAGAGGACAUUUUAAAUCUUGCCACCUGCCUUCGCAACUAUGUGGAGUACCUGAAGAGGAAGAGGGAUACUACAUUUGCAAACCAUAACUCAAGUCAACCUGUCAGAGUUUUAUCUGAGAACAUUGCCGUGACACACCACAAAAACACCCCUGAGAUGGCUGCAAGGUACCGGUUGCUGGACAACGUUAUGUGUCAAACAGAUACUCUAACUCCUGUGCUCCUGGAUGACACUGUACACCUGGAGGAACCAUUUGCAAGUUCAUGGCACAGAUUUGACUUCAUCAACAGAAUCCAGCUGUCUGUACCUGUCGAUGUGCUGAAAUACCAACCUGGGGGCAGCAAGACUGGCGUCACCUUGCUGUGGAAAGUGGAAAGGAACAGAACACAGGAUGAGCAGCUGACCCAGACCACUGGAGUUGUCACUUCUCUGCAGCCAUUUCUCCCACAGUACCACACCAGGUACAUGAAGAAGGAUUUCAAGAGGAAGGUAGCGAACGUGGCUAGGGUGAUACCAAGCAUCGUAGAGGCGAUCUAUCAGGAAAUCUCCCAUGAUUCUUCAGCCCCAUCAAAUCCUCACAUGAACCAGCGCAUCCAAGUGGCUCUCCAGGGAGAGCCUGGCAUUAUUGUCGACUUGCGCACCCUUAACAGUGGCCGUCCUGGUGACAACUUUGAGGAAUUCUUCUCAAAGAUGGAAGAAGCAGUCAAUGAAGUCACUGCAGCAGAUGAAAGGAGACAUGGCACUGCCCACCUGUCACAGUGGUUGUCGCUAGAGGAUCUCAUUGAACAGGUUAAGUCCAAAUGCCCUGAAGGAACCAAGGUGCCCAGCAAAGCCCUUGUGAGAUUGCAAUUUGCACCAAAGAAUCCCUACACCCAGAGUGCCUUGAACUUCACUUCACGCUUUGAGCUCAAGUACAAGAUCCAGCGAAGACAGCUCCGAGCAUCUCACCCUGAUGCACACUUCUGUGCUGCACUCUUCUUAUUAUUGCGUCUACACAUGUAUCAGCUCCGUUCGGAAAUAUUUGUCUUAUUCAUGGACGAUAAGGCCAAGAUCCCGGUUGGAGAACCAGGGGAGCCUGUGUCCACUGGUGUUCGAGGUCGACACUCAAUUGUGCCUUCAGCCACCCAACUGGCAGCACUGGACCACGAUAUGACGAGCAAGGGAUCAAUCACAUCCACAGUAUACAUGCAACCCAAUGUCCCUUGUCAGCCAGAGGGUUCAUGGUACAGUGGCAAGGUAAAGAUCAUUGUGCAGGACUCUGUAUUCCAAAAGUCUACAGCAUACAGAAAUGCAGCAGCAACAGUUAGGCUCGCACAGGAAGACCCUUCUGAAUGGAAACCAAUCCAUGUCAAGUACAGUGAUGGUGGAACAGAACAUCGCACCCUACUGGUCAAAGUUCAGCUCAGUCUGAUAGCAAUAUUUAAGAUGCUAAGACUGGACAUGCUCAUUGCCUGCAGAGCAGCUCCAGGCCAGAGCUGGCAGAAUCCAGUUGAGAGAGUGAUGGCUAUACUCAACAUCGGCCUGCAGAACUGUGCAUUGGAGAGAGACAAGACAGCAGAGGACAUGGAACACCUGCUGAAGAGGUGCAGUUCAAUGGCAGAGAUUCGCAAAGCGGGCGAGAAAAACCCACAGCUUGCUGAGGCUUGGAGCACUUCAGUUGCGCCAGUGCUGGACACAGUGGCAGGACGCUACAGUCGGCUGAAGUUGAAGGGAGAGCCAAUGACGAUCAUAGAUGCAGUCACAGAUGCAGAGGAAGAUUCGGUCAUGCAGGUUAUCACCACACUCUUCCCUUCCAUCAAUCCUGCAACAGUGACCAAGCAACAAGCAGACAAGGAUCCAGCAUUCACUGAGUGGGUGCAGAAACACUGCCGGCAACGUCAGUAUCUGUUUCAGAUACGCAAAUGUGAUGACCCUGAAUGCUGUUCCGUACCAUCCCUCCCGUCUGAAAGGAUGAUCUGGCUUCCUGACCCAAUGCCUGAUGCUUCUGGUGACCAUUACUUGACUCUGGCUGAGGUUAUGGGCAAAGACACAGAUGACGCCCAUCGACCUUCUGCCCAACUGUCACACAAACACAAACAAGCUGCAUGUGUUGACUUCUUUUUGUCGGACGCACUAGAGAAGCAGCAGAAAGAGUCUGGGCUGUUUACUGCCCAACAUGCACGGGCAGUAGUCGGCUGCAUGGAAUGCUCUAAACCAAGAGUGAUCUACUCAAUGCGCCUCCUCUCUUCUCGCCACCAGGCCACACUGGCAGAGGCCUUGUCAGAUGAUGGCAUGGAUUACACAUGUGGGAGUUACAUCCUGGAGCCCCAACAUCCACUUGCAUCAACUGUGCAGGUCAGGCUGUCUCUCUCGUGUGGUGAUCCCAUAGAGCUGGCCUACUACCGGGCACCCUUUGGGAGGCAAGAUCUCUGUGCACACUGUGGCGGGCCUCAGGGCAACACCUGCCCAGCCCUGUUAUUGAAAUUUAAAACGGUCUUGCCCUGCUGCCCCAUUUGUAUUGGGGCUGAAAAAAAGCACAUUGUGGCCAGACCCUACGGCAAGCAGAAAUGAGCAGUGGUCUGGUUUAAAGAGGCCCUGCAGUUGUAUUGUUCCUUAAUUUAACUAAUAGCAGGCAGUAAUGUUGGACAACAGAAAACUGAGUCACAGAACACCAGAGUUACACUUUAAUUAAACAGCUUCGGAGUCAUUCAUGUUUCUAUAAUAUUUUCCGGGUUGAUUGGAUGAUGUCUCGCUACCUUGUUUAACGUUUGUUCAACGUUUUGUAGGUUUGUACAUAAACACUGUAUUGAGUAUUGUAAGAGUUGAUACUAUUAAAGUUAUUUAGGAAAUAUCGCUUGAGAUGUCUUCAAUGCCAAUGGUCCAGAACUAGUGGGUUCUUAGUUUUUAGGAGUAGAAAAUAGUACACACAUAAAAAAUCUGCACAUUUUAAUUGAAGCAU